AUAUUUUAGAUUAGUGUGUAUGUAUAUUGGAUACAGCAGAAGGCAUUGUUGAUAAGAGCUGUAUUAUAAUAAAACAAUAUCGCAACGAAAAUGUUAAACGUCGCCAUAGACAAGUACCACUGUUAUAUAGGAUGCCUUCAUCACACUAUCGGUGAUGAGCAACUGCUAACACUUGCAAAAUGCUUCAGUAAUCACGUAAGAUGCUGCAAGGUAAUGAGGAAACCUUCAACGGACGCACAUCUAGGUUAUGGCUUUGUACAGUAUACCGAUGCGGCUUAUGCAGAUGAAGCUAUUGCAAAAAUGCAGGGAGUUAUAGUCAAAGGGAUACCGUUAUAUGUAAGAGCAGCAUACCCAUUUACUAGCACUACCAUUAAUGACAAAGAUGAAGAAGAGGCAAACGACAUUAAAAAUGCAACUGUUUACGUCAGCGAACUUAUGUUGACAGCAACAGAUAAUGAUUUAAGGGGCUUUGCGGAGCCAUUUGGUGAUGUGGAGCAUGUAUCAGUAAUUCCUAACAGGAGAUUUGGGUUCGUAACAUUCAGUAGAAGAGAAAACGCACUAGGGUUUAUCUGUCACAUGGAUGGAUGGAAACUUGAAGAUACAUUAAUGGCGUGUUCAUGGGCAUAUCAAAGCAGAAAUGCUACUCUUCCAGGCCAAUUCGAAUCGUCAGAAAACGAAAAGCAAGAUGCAAUAUUUGGCCAAAAGUAUUCUUACGACCUAUUACCAAAGCAGAAAUAAUAUAGAAUCACAUUUUAGCAAUCAUUAGGUGGAUUAACCCCGUGUUGCCGCCAUACGCAGUAAAUGCAAGGCUGAAAUUAUCAAAUAUGAUGUCCCUAGCCUUUACACAGUGAUGUGAGAGCGCUUUGCUUCGUAUUAAUCGUCCGGGGGUAGCUUUGGAGCCCUUUCGUGCACGAUGAG